AUGUAUUAUGCACGGAAAGGAGAUGCAGAGAAAGCUCAAGAAUACCUCAAAGAGUUUGCUUCGAAUUACCCCAGCGAACUGCACCUGCAGUUGCUGACAUCGCUUCUUUACGCGUAUGCUAAACGCAGAGAUGUUGAUGGAGUCAUCAGGGAGUUUACGCGCAUCCACCAAGAGUACCAGAUGACCCCGGACCUCAGUUGCUGGAAUAUAUUGAUUCUUACCUAUCUUCGCGCAGACAACCUCGAUGGCGCUCUUGAAUGUUUCAACAACUGCAUCGAAUUUGGUCUUGUACCAGACACUUAUACCUUCAGCCCUCUGCUCAACUUCUGUGCUUCAAGAGGUGAUAUUGAGGCUUUUGAAGCACUCUUCUCAAAAGCAAAGCAGAUGGGCGUGCAACUUGACAGCAACGUUCGUGCAAGAUCGGCUUACGUACGAGCAUUUCUCAACGCAGGCGACCCUGAAGGCGCCGAAGCAAUCGCCCUCGGGAUGCUCAAGAGCUGGCAGAAUGGAACUCUUUAUGGCGAACCUCUCACCCAUACGUGGAACCUAUUGAUCCAGGAGCAAGCUCUGAAUCGAGAUCUUGCAGGUAGUAGGCAAUACUACAAACAGAUGGUCCAAAACGGCAUUCCUUUGGACAGUUGGACUUUUGGCAGCUUGAUGCGAUCGCUUGUCGAAGUGAAGCAAACUAAUGCUGCCUACAAGAUUCUGAGGGUGGCAAUGCCAGAACAAAAUAUCCGGGUCCACGCUUUUCACUAUGCCAUAGUCAUGAGUGGUUUCCUAAAAGAAAAGCAGUAUCAUUUGGCCAUGGAUGCUUAUGAGCGAAUGAAGGGUCGCAACGUACCCGAGACUGAGAGCGCUCGCCAGGCUUCGCUUCGAGUAUUAGGCGAAGCCAAUAUAGAAAAGCUCAAAGACCGAGAGGGCAAGCUCCCCAACUACCACUUGCUCAAAAUGGGAAAAGCGCUUGAGGAAAUGCUUGUGUCGAGCGUAGAUACAGACUCUGUUCAUGACCAACCCCGGAAUCAACGCGGUAUUGAUGUUCACGCCUAUGGAAGUGUUCCACAGCACUACUACGCAACAGUGAUCUCGCUGUACAGCGAUCGAUGGAGCUACAGGAUUUGCAAGAAGCUCUUCAAAAAGGCUGAAGAGCUGACACCCGACACAGAAAACUAUAUAAGGCCACUCAACCUUACCACGGCAAUGAUGGAAGCCCAUUACAAAGCAGGCAAACACGACGAAGUAGCCAAAUGCUGGGAACUAGCACGCGAGUCCGCCACCAAAUUAACGAAGACAUUCAACCAAGUCCUUCAACAACCCGAGCCCGCCCCUGAAAUAGUCUCUCUCCACGACCCCACGAUCCAACAACGCUUCUCUCAAUCGCGCCUCGCCAGCAACAGACGCCACAUGCUUGCCACCCCCUCGCGCAUCUACAUCCGCAGCCUCCUCGCGCAAAAGGACCCCGCCGCGCUCGAAAAAGUCAAACACACAAUCUACGACCUCCUCGUCAACGGCUACCUCGUCGACAACUUCAGCUGGAACGAAUACAUCCAGCACCUCGCCUUCCAUCCAGGCCACCUCGUCGAAGCCUUCACCCUCUGCGAACAAUACCUCAUGCCGCGCUUCCCCGGUUGGCGCACUCUGCAUCCAAACUACAUCCGCCACGACCGCAAAGGCUACCAGCUCAUGGAGCUGCGGCACUACGAAAUCAAGAAAUCGAGCGUAAUGCCCCGCUACAAGACGCUCGUUGUGCUGGCAAAGGCGUUUGGUCAGGUUAGGCAGGAUGAGAGGAGCGGGUUUGGGUAUGAUCAGGAGGCGCAGGCUUGGAUGGCGGAGAUUUUGGAACAGAGGGCUCCGGAUACGGUUAGGGCUAUUGAGACGAUGCCUAGGACGUAUGAUCAAUUGCAGGAGAGGCAAUUUCGUAUGGGGUUGUAGGGGUGUGGUGUUUGAUGGGUUGGUGUUAUAGGUGUUAGUGAAUGUGAUUUCUCUGCUCA